CCGAGCCCGGCGGGGCUGAGGCGGCGGCCGUGGGGACGGGCAUGGGCGGCGGGCCCUGACCCCGCCCCGCCAUGGACGAGGACGGCAUGAAGGAGGACGGCAUGAAGGAGGAGGAGGAGGAGGACGGCGGCGAGGCCAUGAUGGACGACCAGAACCACAACAACUGGGGCGCGGGCGUCUACGGGCGGUACCUGCUGGAGGAGCGGCUGCUGCCGCCGGCGGCGGGGCCGCCGCGCCCCGCGGGGCCCGAGCACAACGGCGGGGGGCUGCGGGGCUGCGAGCCGGCGGGCACGGCCGGCAGGGCGGGCGCGGCCGGGGCCAUCGCCGCCAUCAACAUCAGCGCCUCCACGUCCAAGUUCCUGAUGAAUGUUAUAACAAUUGAAGACUAUAAGAGCACAUAUUGGCCAAAGUUGGACAGUGCCAUAGAUCAGCUUUUAACUCAGAGUCCUGGUGACUACAUCCCUAUUUCCUAUGAACAAAUAUACAGUUGUGUGUAUAAGUGUGUAUGCCAGCAACAUUCGGAGCAGAUGUAUAGUGACCUAAUAAAAAAGAUAACUAACCACUUAGAGAGAGUCUCAAAGGAGCUGCAGGCCAGCCCUCCAGAUCUCUAUAUUGAAAGAUUUAACAUAGCUCUUGGACAGUAUAUGGGAGCAUUGCAGAGCAUUGUGCCUCUUUUCAUAUAUAUGAAUAAAUUUUACAUAGAAACCAAGCUUAACAGAGACUUAAAAGAUGACCUUAUAAAGCUGUUUACGGAACACGUUGCAGAAAAGCACAUUUACAACCUAAUGCCUUUACUUUUGGAAGCUCAGUCAACACCGUUUCAAAUAACUCCUUCAACCAUGGCAAAUAUUGUGAAAGGCCUGUAUACACUACGACCAGAAUGGGUACAGAUGGCACCAGCUUUAUUUUCUAAAUUCAUCCCAAAUGUUCUCCCCCCUGCUGUGGAAUCUGAGCUUCAGGAAUAUGCUGCUCAAGACCAGAAACUUCAAAGAGAGCUUAUUCAGAAUGGAUUUACAAGAGGUGACCAGUCACGCAAGAGACCUGGAGAAGAGCUUUACAGUGGCUCAUCAGCUUGUGCAAGCUCCAGGGGAUACAGAUAGUGAAUAUACUGGAUCAGCUUCUAUUCCCAGCCAGAACAGACACUGGAGGAGCACAGAUGGUAUCUGGAGCCUCCUUUGGCAACUGCUGAUACUCAAGCUCUGACACGAACUUUGCCUCAGAGAAGGGUUUUGGACUUUCUUCUUUGUACAACGUCAGUUGCUGCUACAGUUGGGGUGACUUUGAAAGACAUGAUUCCUUGGUCUGGCCUAUCAACAAGUUCAUGUUCUGUGACUUCUGUGAGGAAUGCACCUUGAAAAACAAUCCUUUCAAAGUGGAAGUGGGCAGCCGAAAUCAGCAGCUUCCAAAAGCAUUAGAAUGGAAGAAUCCUUUUUGCACUCUUUUCUUAAUAUUAAGGACAUUCUUAAAACUAGUUAACACGUCAGUGUAUUAGUUUUUGAACUUCCAAGUUAUUUUCUGGAGCUUCUACUUAAUAAUAAGAAUAAAGUUACAUUAUUUUGCAGUAUUUGUUUGUUAGUUUAAAAAUUGUCACCUUUUAAGAGUUGGUCCCUUUGUCACCGAAAAUUGGGAAAUAAACUCUCCAACCAAUUUGGUAGGUUAGAAAGCCAACAUCACUGUAUUACCAGUGCUGGGUGCAUGGGGAUUGCUCCACAAGGCAUGCAUACCAGCAACCUAACAGACCAGCUUAUGUUCAUGGAACUAAUGCAUACUCAUCACGUUUCUAUUACAUAUUCAUUACAUUUCCUGAAUACAUCCAUAUAUGCUAAUUAUUUCCGUGGACUUAUUUGGAUGUGGUUCCAGAUCUUCUAAUGAAUCUUUUCUCCUUGAGAAUAUCUCAAAUAUGUGGUCAGGUUAUAAUGUGCUUCUCUUAUCAUUCUUUGCUCCGACACACAAUCCUUGUUCUCCAAAGUUAAGACAUCUGCUAGUUCAUAUUGAUCACUGAUACAGGUAAAUAAGGAAGCAAUAGCUGGCACAAGACUAUUAAUCAUAGAUGUAGGGAUCAAACACUUUUACUGAGGUUAAAAGAAUUUUCCAACGUCUUUCCCCACUGCUGCAUAGACUCCUUUUAUAAAACAGAUAUAACUUGUUUGGUAACACCAUGUAAAUGUAUCUUCUGUCAGGGAGUUUUCGAUUCCAGAUCUUUGGUUUAUCUCUUGUUUUGUUACUUGGUAUUUUGAAGUCUGUUUUCCUAUGUGUUUGUACUCUGUGCCUUCAGCUUGAGCACUUUGCGACUUUAUAGACCAUAUUUUGUUACUGCAAAAUGUGUUCUUGAGGAAAAACUUGAUGUGAACAAACAUGCUGCAAAGUUGCACUUUUCUCUUGCAUUAAAUAGGAAGUGAAUUUAAGGAGGAAGGAAGAAAAGUUGAACCUAUCACCAUCACUAAUAGUGACUUGGAAGUUUGUCCCCUUUUAUGUUUCAUCUGUAUUAGUGUUUAAUGCAGGGACCAGCUCUUGUAGAACCCCCUUCACUGACUUUUCAUUGGCUUCAGGAGUUGGACUUGUGGGUCCCUUCCAGCUCAGAAUAUUCUGUGAUUCCACAGUUGCAGUAGGUGGAGAUGGGAAUUCCAGACUGAAUGAAAUACUAAGAUAGGGUUUAUGCUGUGCUUUGUAGAAACACUGUGGGCAAAAUUCUCCAGUCUGGAAGGUCUGCAAAGGGCAUCUCCCUGAGCACAAGAUUUGCACUGGGUUGAUCAGCAAACUACGGUACCUGUCCAAGAUCACUGUGUGGCUCCUGUGCCACCUCCCCUGUGUGGGGAGGAGCUGUGCUGGGCUGGGGCAGUGGAUGCAGCCAGAAUCAGGGAUUUGAGGAGUGGUGUAACGGGUGCAUGUGUACCCAUCGGCCUCCUGCCUCCAGGCUUGUGUGAACUCGGCUGGAGAUCCAGCUGGACACAAUUCCAGGAGAUCAGGCCUGUGGUCUGUGUCCUAAUCAUUGUGAUGUAGGUUUUAAUCAGUAGUAUGGCUAAUGCAGCUCUCUCAUUAGGGGAUCAACAUACUUGAAAAGCAGCUUGAUUACAGGGUUUGGGUUUUUUUCAUUACUAUUGAUUUAUUUUUUUAUCACAUUUAGUUAUGAAGAGAAACGAGUUGGUAAUACAAGAUCUUUCUGAAGCGAAAUAAAAGUUUGUUCUGUUUUGUCUGGCACAGCUCUUAUGCCUGUUUAAAGAAAAACAAAAUACCAACACAGCUCCUUUUAUGCUUGCAUGGGUUCAUUACAAAAUGCAGGAAAAAAAAUAGGUGCGGCAGGGACAAAGUUUCAUUUUCUUUUUUUUUUUUUUUUUUUUUUAUCCAGGCUUCCUGUAAGUGAAUUUAAUUCCAUCAGUGUCACAUCAUCCACUUUGGCAAUGCUGUUAAUUUUGAGGGUGGGGGGGAAAGAGGAAUGAAGAUAACACUGCUGGGAUUGACAGAUUCAAAUCUGGUUUACAUAUAUAUUUCUUGGUGUAUUUGCAAAGCCUGUUUGAUUUUGAGGAAGUUUUUGUUUCAAAAUUAAAAUUAAAGCGAAUGCUUUUAGUGUUUUUAUUUCUGUGUAGCAGAAUGCCAGCAGUCUGAUCUCAUCCCCAGUAGUGGAAAACCAAACCACUCUGAGUAGGGAUUUUCAGUGUUGAUAGUGUUUGCUUCAACUUUGCUACCAGCUACUAAAGUUGGAGCAGAGUUAGAUAAAAUCAGGGGGUUUGAAAAUUUUGCUGAAUUAUGCUGUGGUGAAGUUAAUGAAGGCUAAUGGGGAACAAAAAUGAUUUGCCAGCUUCCAGGUCUUUUUAAGUUUUGGCUUUAAACAAAAAUGAAACCUCUGAUAGUGUCCUUAGCUUUAAAAAUCACUGUCUGCUGAAAUGGCAAUAUUCUUGAGGUAAGAAUAGAUGCAUUAACCUAAUUUGGUUAAAGUUUGUUUACAACUUGGUUACCAUCCUAGCUCACAUAAUACAGUGACCAAGCUCUGUCAUCUUUGUCAGGUGAUCACACUUUUGCUCUGUUCCUAAAGUGGUUUUACUGGUUCAGGUUUGUAAAUAACAUGUAGUGCUUUUGCUUCGUGUUCGAGGCAAGGGUUUAACAAUCAUUUUACAGCACGUUGUUUCUGGGACAAACUUCUAGAACAAUCAUUCCAUCCGAAGGUAAAGCAUUCCUGUCAGCACUUUGUGUGCACUGAGGAGUGCUUGGAUGCUCCUCAGUCCUGUAGCAUUCUCACCACUGGCCACCUACCUGAGAAAUCUGUUUGUUAAGCUCUGUGUUAUGUUGUAAAUUUGGCAUUACAAUUCCUGUAUGGUUUGGCAUUAUCAACAUAAUGCUGAAAUAUUGUUUAUCUGUUGAAGACAUGAUCGUUGUGACUGAGCAUGGAACAGAAUACAGCAUACUAUACUAAAUUAUUUCGGUUCUCUGUAAACUUGCAUUUUACUUACAGGUAAACUAACUCAGCCAACUUGAGCAUUGGUACUGUAAAACCACAGUUACCAACAGCAUGAUCCUAACUGCAGUAUUUAAUUUAACCAAAUAACUUGUGGUGAAUCCAUUGCAUCUGUAGCUUACUCUGUUAAGAUUAAGCAGUAAAGUUGGUUAUACAAUGGGUGUCCUCUCUAUGUUGCACUGGUUCUACAGCCAAACUUGCUACAUUAAAAUAUUUUUAGAUUAA